GGGUGACAAAUAUUUGUUUAAAUGUAAAGUAAGAUGUGUAUGAUAACUGUGUUUGCGUAUAUCGACUCGUAUCAAUAUUUACUGACUUUUUCAAUAUCUUCAUAUAUUUCUAAGGAAUAAAACGAUAUCCAAGCAUUUGUUAAGUAUAGAUUAUAUAGUGCAUCUAGCUGUAAAAGAUUGUAUGAAAGCAAAAUGGUUGAUUUAGUUCUUAUCGCGUUCAUAAUAGUGCCUAACUUAGGUGGAAUCAUUGGCGGACUGGUUACUGUUGCUAAUCUUCCAUGGUAUGAGAAACUAAAAAAGCCAGAUUGGAGGCCACCAAACUGGGCAUUUGGGCCUAUUUGGGUCGUAAUGUACAGUCUUAUCGGCUAUUCUUCGUAUUUGAUAUUCAAGUCUGGCGACUGGACAAAAGAUCCCAUUCGGCAGGCGUUGCUGGUCUAUGGAACUGACUUAUUAGUUAACUGGUUGUGGACGCCAAUCUUCUUCGGUCUUAAGAAUAUAAAGUUGGCGUUAUAUGACAUCUUGCUGUUGGACGCAGUAACCGUAGCUAACGCUCUCCUGUUUUACCACAUAAACUCGAUGGCAGGUUACUUGUACAUACCAUACAUGAUAUGGUUGGUGCUAGCUACAGCACUCAACUACGAAAUACUGAGGGACAACCCAGAUGCUCAAGGCAUCAAACAUCUGGAACAUUCUAAAGUGCACCAUAACUAACAAUGUCAGCAAUGCCAAACACAGAUUAUUCCAAGUAGGCAUCAAUGUAAAUAGUGUGAGUCACAGACAAUCUGAUCCUGUUUAUUGUCAUUGCUAUGGAGGUGCAGCAAUAGUGCGACCGUGAUAUUAGGUUUUAUGUAAAAUAAAGAGUGAUAAAAAUGA